ACAGAACACUUCCCCUGGUCCCUGUGAGGAGGCUGUAGCUGGCAGGAUCCCUGACACUGCUGAUGCUCUCUGGCUGCCCGCUGUCUCAAACCAUGGCUGCACAGCUGGUUGCGGCUCUGCUGGCUCUCGCCUCCCUGGGUGUCUCGUCUGAACCGACCGACUGCAAAGAGCUGGUCAAGCCUCUGGUCCUGGACAGCCACAGCCCUAUCUAUGGGAAGUGGGUGUUUUAUGUGGGGACGUGGGACGAGCCCGGCCUGAAGAACGACUUGGUGACAGUGAACAGCUCCUGGGUGGAACUGUCGGCUUCCUCCGACAGCGGAGUCAUGACCAUCUACUGGGCCGACCGCCUAAAUGAUGAUAAAUGCCUGCAGGGUGUAGCCAACGCCACCAUCUCUGGAAUGACCAGCCACACCAAUUUUAACAUCAAUGGUCACACGUCCUAUCAUGAUGGGAAGUACUAUGAGACGUGUGCCGACUGCCUCCUGUCUGAAGACACCACCCUCCUCCCUGAUGGCAAGACAAAGGGACGAUACCUUUUUCUCUUCACACGGACCGGCACUCUGGAUGCGUCCGAACUCGAGACCUUCAAGCAGCAGGCCAAGUGUCUGAACUUCCUCCCAGAGUACCACUUUGUGGGCACAGAUCUGUGUGCAGACGACAGGGAAACUGCUUCACCUGCCGUCGAGAACACGGAGAAGGAUCCGACUGAGGCUGAGCCUCCUGCCAAGUGAACAGCUUCCAAACACCUAAAACAAGUCCAGCCUAACGUGAACUAACUCGUGUGCUGUGAUCUGCUUGUGCACUGACGUAGUCUUGUGUUUUGCGACAUGAAUGUAGUUUAGCUCCUUUAAUGCCUCCAUUGUUUUCCACUGGUUGUGUGUGCUGAAAUAAAAAAAACACUUCUCAGUCUC